CCUCCUCACUUCGAAUCCUCCGCCUCCAACGGAGUCCUCGAGGUUUGCUUUCGAUCUCCGCUACAAAUCUCUCCCCGAUCUCUCGUCGGCCGCAAAACCUUCCAUCUCCGCUCUCUCGAUGGCAGCGUCGAUCUCUCUCUCCCUCUCCCUCUCCCCGGCCUCCACUCCCAGAUCCGGUCCCGCCGCGGCCAGGCUCGGUGCCGCCUUCCGCAGCAGCAGCCUGAGCUUCUGCGGUCUUCGUAGGGAGGUUUUGUCCCUCCGCUCGGUUGGUUCGGCGGACUCGCGCAGGAUGAUCGCGGAUCUCGCCCGACAUCGCGCCGCCAAGAUCGUGGCUGCAGCUGAGAACAACGGGAAGCCUGCCAAGUUCGACUACGACCUCAUCAUAAUCGGAGCUGGCGUAGGUGGUCAUGGAGCUGCGCUUCACGCGGUCGAGAAGGGUUUGAAAACUGCCAUUAUAGAAGGGGAUAUUGUUGGUGGGACUUGUGUAAACAGAGGGUGUGUCCCAUCUAAAGCUCUACUAGCAGUUAGUGGUCGCAUGCGUGAAUUCCAAGAUGAACAUCAUCUGAAGGCACUGGGUCUACAGGUUGCCUCUCCUGGUUAUGAUAGACAAAGUGUUGCUGAUCACGCAAACAAUCUCGCCUCUAAAAUCCGGAGCAACUUGACUAAUUCAUUGAAAUCUUUAGGCGUUGAUAUACUGACAGGCUUUGGCACUAUUGUGGGGACACAAAAGGUGAAAUAUGGAAAAGUUGGGUUUCCAGAUACAGAAGUUACAGCUGAAAACAUAAUAAUAGCUACUGGAUCUGUUCCUUUUGUACCCAAAGGCAUUGAAAUUGAUGGGAAAACUGUAUUUACUAGUGAUCAUGCACUCAAGCUGGAAUGGGUGCCAGAUUGGAUAGCUAUAGUAGGAAGUGGUUAUAUUGGACUUGAGUUUAGUGAUGUCUACACUGCCCUUGGUAGUGAGGUUACUUUUGUUGAAGCUCUAGAUCAGCUAAUGCCUGGAUUUGAUCCUGAGAUAUCAAAGCUUGCUCAGAGAGUUCUUAUUAAUCCUAGGAAGAUUGAUUAUCAUACAGGUGUAUUUGCAACCAAGAUCACACCAGCAAAGGAUGGGAAACCUGUUCUUAUUGAACUUAUCGACGCCAAGACAAAGGAACCAAAGGAUACUUUAGAGGUAGAUGCAGCAAUGAUAGCAACUGGAAGGGCACCAUUCACAAAGGGACUUGGCUUAGAAAACAUAAAUGUAGCUACUGUACGUGGGUUUGUCCCAGUUGAUGAGCACAUGCAAGUAACAGAUGCAGAUGGCAAUCUGGUCCCUCAUUUAUUUUGCAUAGGAGAUGCCAACGGAAAGUUGAUGCUUGCUCAUGCUGCCAGUGCACAGGGGAUAUCGGUUGUCGAGCAAAUUUGUGGCAACGAUAAUGUGCUUAAUCAUUUGAGCAUUCCUGCUGCAUGUUUCACUCACCCUGAGAUCAGUAUGGUUGGACUCACAGAGCCACAAGCAAGGGAGAAAGCUGAAAAUGGUGGUUUCCCGAUCAGUGUUGCUAAAACCAGUUUCAAGGCGAACACCAAAGCUCUGGCAGAAAAUGAGGGGGAGGGGAUUGCUAAGUUAAUAUACAGACCUGAUACUGGGGAGAUUCUUGGAGUACAUAUCAUAGGGCUGCAUGCUGCUGACCUCAUCCACGAGGCAUCAAAUGCCAUUGCCUUGGGAACAAGAUUACAGGACAUUAAAUUUGCUGUUCAUGCACAUCCAACCUUAUCUGAAGUCUUGGACGAACUCUUCAAAUCUGCCAAGGUUAAUUCUGGCGUAAUGUCUUCUGUAAACGAACCAGUUGCUGUAUAAUCAACCGGUGUCGCCCAAUAAGCUUUUGAUAAUUUGGAGGAAGCCUCGACCGCGAUUUCCAAACCGAAUCGAGUAUUUCAAUUUUAUAGCCGAAGAUCACGAGCAAGGCAACCGAUGCGAUGGAAACAACUAAAGAAUUUUUCUUGAUCACACUUUUUUUCUCAAAAAAAAAAAAAAAAAAGUCAAUUUGCCCCAAAUUUUGUCUCUGGAUUUUAUUGUUAGCAUCAGGGCAGGUACGAUGGUUUCGUUAAUGCUUUCUUCUUUUUUCUUUUGUUUAUGUUUUUUUGGGUCAUUUUGCUUCAAUUUGAUGGACUUUUCAAUGGCUAAAGCUGAACUACACAUGCCAGCCGUCUGUGUUUCUUUUGUUUCUGUCUGGUUAUUAUAUUGCAUUGGAUGUGAAUGUCUUUGGGCAAAAAUAAUAUAUACUAGUGUGAUCGUGUACA